AUGCCCUUAAUUCUCGAAGUCUGUGUUGACUCGACUGAGUCUGCUUUAGCAGCCGUUAAAGCAGGAGCGGAUCGUCUUGAACUCUGCAGCAAUCUAGGUCUUGGCGGAGGAACUACUCCCAGCCUUGGUCUGUUAAAAUCUAUUCGAAAGGUGGCACCUAUAGUUCCGAUCAUGAUUAUGAUCAGACCUCGGACUGGUGACUUUGUGUACACCGAGGCUGAAUUCGAUGUGAUGAUAGAGGAUAUACGUUACUUCAGAGAGAAUGACGUUCAAGGCGUUGUGUUCGGCGUUCUCACUCCUGAAGGAGAUGUGGACGUGGCCCGUACUCAGCGUCUUGUCUCAGAAGCUUUGCCUCUACAAGUCUGUUUUCACCGAGCAUUUGACAUGACUCCAUGGCACCAGUUGUCCCAAAUCGAUGGACUAACCCGCAUCCUGACGAGCGGUCAGGGCACGACCGCCACCUCGGCUAAUUCUCUCGAUGUUUUAAAGGAUCUACUCGACCUUGCAAAAUAUCAGGAUACACGCAUCGAAAUACUUCCAGGAUCUGGCAUUAAUUCAUUCACCGUCGGCGCUUUAUGCCAGGCGUUGCUGCCCCAUGGGCUACAUGAAGUGCAUAUGAGUGGUGGACAUUGGACCGAUGGAGCCUCGAUUUGGCGUCGAGACGGAAUGGGCAUGGGCGUCGGCGGAGCCAGUGAAUGGGGAGUUUGGCGGACAAACACAAGCGCAAUCCGUGCAGUCAAAGAUGCCAUCGAUUCCUUUAAAGUAUGAUAAUUAGGUUUAUUGAACGGAAAUUUUGAACUUUCUCAUCUACAUACUCAUUCGAGCUGAUGCAGGGAUCAGCCAGGAUCAGUCAGUCGCUUCUCCGCGGGAUCCGCCUGGCUUCAGGUGUGCUACUGCGAUGCAUCCCGUUCAUGAUCCUCUGUCGUGAACUCAUGAGUGAUGCGACUCGUCACGAAGACAUAUCAUUGUCGCAACGGGGAUCGAUAGUGGCUUCGGGUUUGCUAUUUCAGCACAUCCCGCUCAUCAUUUGUCCUGUGACAACAAUCUCCAACUCUACGAAGUAGAGCUGAUCACGGGGGAAAUGACUUACAUGCUAUGGAGGUGGAAAAUAGGCCGCAUCUGCGAAGGCGCGUCUGCAGUUUUCCCCUAUCUC